UAUUGUUUUUUGUUGUUGACUAAUGAUUACCUAUAACUUACUGGCUUGUGUCUUCAAAGUUGUAAUACUUUAACUUACUUAAUAGGUAAUGUUAGUGUGAGUGAUAACUUGAUUUUAAGUCUUAUGAAAAUAUUAUGUUUUUUUCUGGUGGGAAUACUAUUCUGAAGAACAUUUUUAGAUUUCAAUCAUUUGCUGUCACUAAGACCUAUCUGUGACUUUACAUUUCAACUAUUUCAAGACAAAUGAAUUAAUGUAUUUGUGGCCUUCAGUUUUAAUAGAUCUUACACCAUAAACGGUCUGUCGGUAUAUAGGUAUGGCUAACAAGUCAACGGAUCCUGAAUCGCCGAUGAAAAAUGACAAGUUUGACAAAUUUUAUACGGAAGUAAAAGAGAUCGAAAAACGUGAUUCAGUAUUGACAUCUAAACAACAGAUUGAUAGGCUCCUGCGUCCUGGAGCAUCAUAUUUCAAUCUUAAUCCAUAUGAAGUACUCCAGUUAGAUCAUGACACACCUUUGGAUGAGGCGAAAAAAAAAUAUAAAAGAUUGUCUAUUUUGGUACAUCCAGAUAAGAACCAAGAUGAUUUAGAAAGAGCAAACAAUGCCUUUGAAACUGUUAACCGUGCAUGGCGAACCAUUGACAAUGAUGAAUCUCGAAAAAAAUGUCUCGAGAUCAUACAAGAAGCUAAAGACAUGACUGAAUUUAUGGUUGUAGAAAAAAGAAAAAAAUUGAAAAAAGAGGGCAAAGAUACAAAAGUUGAAGAAGAUGAUCCAGCUGUUAUGAAGCGUAGUAUUUAUGUUCAAACGUGUAAAUUAUUUGCUGAUUUAGAACGCAAAAGAAAAGAUCACGAAGCAAGAGAAUUACAAGAAAGAAAAAGGAAAAGGGAACAAGAAAUAGAUGAAGAACAAAAAGCAACAGUGUCUAAAGAAUGGCAAAAAAAUUUUGAUGAGUCAAGAGAAAGCAGAGUAAACAGUUGGAAAGCUUUUCAGGAAUCAACUAAAAAGUCAAGUAAAAAAAUCAAAAUUUUUAAACCACCUAAACAUAAAGCAGAAUCAAGAUAAAAAACAAAUAUUUAACAUUAUAUGUUUCAUGUUCAUCAGUUGUAUUCAUAAAUAUGUAUCACUUUGUAAAAUAAAAUAAGUUUUUCCAUAAAA